UAAGUAAGUCUCGCGCGGCGCGCCGCGGCUUAAUGCCGUUGCCGCGUUCGUGGCGCCAAGAGGAGGGCCCAUUGGCGACGAUAAGCCUCCUUCGUGUCCGGCACGAACGAGAAAAAGAAAGAGAGAAAAAACGGAGAUAGAUACACAGCAGUCAGCUUUCACCCGCGUUUCAGCAGUGAAUAUAUAUACCCCGUCGGGGUGUGGAUCGGAACAGUGUAGAUAAUACGUAGCUGUCAGUCGUAUCCGGCCAGUGUCAGUCUAGAGUUAGUGUCGGCGAACAGAGUGACCGAGUGUCGUUCGCGAGCCACUCAAUAACACCUAUCGGAAAGAUAAACUUUCAACCCUUAAACGUUAUCAUUCGGAACUCGAUGAGAUCUGUUUCGUACGUUCUUUCUCACUUGCUAUUCUACAUAACUUAUCCAUGUUUUUUUUUUAAUUCCAUUUAAGUUCGAAUCACCACCGAAUCGAGGUUUAUGGUCGAAACAACUUUUUAAUCCUCUUACAAACGUACUCUUUGCUUCUACUUCAAGUGGAUAAUCCUUUUAUUACCAAGUGAUUGUAAAAUUACUUGUGUCCUGUGAUUCGCGUAUUCUAUUAUUCGAUAGUAAUAGAAAUCGGUGCAAGUGUCAGACAUAGAGAGUAGUGACAAAGACAGAGAGGGAACGGUGAACCGAGAAGCAGUGGAAGGUGAUUGAUAUCCAGGGGAUACGCAUGGUCCGUCCGGACCGGGGAAGAUCACCUCUGUCGACGAGCACGGACCUUUCUACUGGCCCGUUUGGAUGGUGAUCAGCACGGAAGCGUUUUAACGUUCAAACAACCAUGUCGGGGCUGCUUUACACGCUUUUAGGGUUGGCGGCUAGCUCGAGCCUUCAUUGCGCUGUUCGCCGCGAGAUAAGCCCGUGCACCUGCCGACAGGAAGCGUUCUCCAGCACCGUUAUCAACCCGGCGCAGGCUGCUGUAGCUGCUGUAGCCGCCGCGGCUGCUGCUACGACCGGUAACAAUGCCGGUCACCAUGGACACGGGGAACGGAUCGAGGUCGUAUGCGAACGGAUGGACUCUUUCGAACAAGUGGCAGGGGCAUUAAGGGGCAAAUUCACCACCGAGCAACAGAUUACUUUGCGUGUUUCUCAUUCAAAUCUCAGGGAUAUAUCGCGGCAUGAUUUCAAAGAGCUGCGGAUGUCCAUUACGAAGCUCGAGCUGAAUCACGAUCGUCUAGGGUUCGUAGACGGCGAAGUUUUCGCGGGGUUGGGAAGAACGCAAUAUCUUAGUCUCGCGGAUAACGAAGUACCAUCUAUACCGAGACAUAUUCUGUCGCAUCUCUCAUUGCUGAGGACCCUAGAUCUCAGCAGAAAUCGGAUAAGCCGUAUAGACUCGGAUGACUUUAAGUACAACCCGACAUUACAGCAUCUCCUGUUGGCCGGAAAUGCGAUUUCAGAAAUGGUGCCAGGCUCGUUGCCACCAUUAGUGAAGCACCUACACGUUGGCCGCAAUCAGUUACAAAGCCUGAAUCGAACGUUACGAGAUUUGAAUCAGUUGGAGUGGUUGCUAAUUAACGCCAACGAGCUCACGUCUUUAGAUGGCGAGCUACCGUCUUCUGGCCAUAACCUGAAGAUGCUCUACGCCGUGGACAAUAAAUUAACUCACUUGCCAGCAGAAUUUCGCUACUUACAUCGUUUAGAAAGUCUCUAUCUUCAGCACAAUAAGAUUCGCAGUCUCGAUGGCACGCUGCAAAAGGCUCGUAGAUUGAAGUUUCUCGAACUUUCGUACAACGAUCUGCAAGAGUUAACGGAAGAAGAUUUCCUAGAAGCAGAGAUGUUAGAAGAUCUAGAGCUCGGACACAAUUCCUUAAAAUCGUUGGGUAGCGCGGGUAAUGGUAAUGGCGACGGAAACGGGGGCAACAGUGUCCUUUACCCUCUCAGGUCUCUCAAGUGUUUAAACUUGACGCACAACGAGCUUCGCGAGUUCUCAUUCGCGUCACUUCGUGGCCUGCGCGAGCUACGAUUGCUCGAUCUCUCGAACAACAGAAUCGCGCGACUCCACAGAGGAAGAACGCCGUCAGAGAAUUUAGUAGAAGAGGAAGGGGAAGAAACGGCGGGCGGAAAUAUUCAAGAUAUGCAACUGCAGCACAACGAGCUUCGAAGCUUGGACGGCUCGUUAUUCCUUGGAAUGAAGGAAUUACAGAAGCUGAAUCUCAGUUACAACGCUUUAGGACCGACGAUUGGACAGCGUGAUCUACGAGGCCUCGAUGGUCUCAAAGUCCUCGAUCUCUCUCACAACGAGCUUACUACACUCGAAGAUACGUCAGAGACGUGGCUUCCUUCCCUGGAGGAAUUAAACGCAUCGCACAAUCGUCUGGUAACAUUGUCCGAGAGAGACUUCCGUGGAUUUCCUGUUCUCUGCUGGGCAGAUGUGAGCGCGAAUCGGAUACGUACUCUGAUGCCGGAACUCGUGGCGAACACACGUUGCACCGUUCACGGUGUGCCUGACGUGCUUCGCAUAUAUCUUCAAGAUAAUCCGGUGUUGUGCGAUCCUGGACUAGCAGACUUGACCGUGGCUUUCGAAGUCAAUCACGCGAAAGUCUAUGGUGUGGCCAAUAAUUGUCCAACGACCGUUGCAACUCCCACCGAGCAAACAUCGCCGCUUCCGCCGUUACCACCGACGCUGUUAUUGGCCGCCGCCGCGGCUGCUUCCGGAGGAAAUGUUUCUUUCGCCGCGACCCUCGAGUAGUCCAUUAGAAGUAGAAUGAGAAUCGUAGGACGCGAUCGAUGGGCAAAAGAAAGUUCGAACGGAAACGAAGAAGAAGAACGAAGAAACGGUCGAGAGGAAGAAUUUAUUCGAUUCGUGGUCGCCCGUUUACACAUGUAAUGCAAACGAUGAUAGACAUACGUGAGAUGGACACGGUGACGUUGAAAAGCCCGUUCUAUUGAUCAUUGUGAUAAAACAGAAGUGUAAAGAAACGGGCGGUGUGAAUCUUGGUAUAGCCUCGCUUUCAAGUUCGACACGGGCGUUUUAGUUCGUUUAAUCUAAUCCGCUUGCGUGUAUUUCUUGGAAGCAUCCAAAUAAAAAAAAAAGCAUUGUAUAAUAAUAAUAGGAUAAAACACACACACACACACACAUAUAAAUAUAUACGCAUACAUACUCACACACAUUCAAGGAAAUCACCAACACUGACGAGACAUCUUAUACGUCGUACGCGACUAAUCCCAUAAUCGACAGCUGACAACCGUUCACGAUCAGACGUCGGUCUAAUCGAUAGAUGUGUACUGCAUUUGCUGUAGUAAUUAUUACGUAACGAGAGAUAUAUAUUUAUUUUAGCGAGUUUCCAACACAUAUCAUGAGAGGUAUGUUUCCUUUUAUCAGAACGGAACGAUUUCCCACAUUUUAGUGUUAGCUACGUGAAACAGUGGAGCACGAAGACUCGAAAACGAACUCCAACGUGUCCAAGAAAAGCAAAAAAGAAAAGAAAAAAAAAAAAGAAGAUUAUAUACUCACGCGAGCGUAAGCUGAAAGAGUCGAUGAAUAUCACCUUUGUCUAAGUCGAGGUCCAGAAACAACUUGUUUAAGUUUCUGUUUUAUAAUAGGUGACAUUAUUACGCUGUAAAUAGUCAUUAAUUCCGUUACUUCUUUAAUACCAUGCACCUUGUUUGCGAUAGAGUUAGGCGAUUCUUCGAGCGUCCAUUUCAAAUUCCAAUUUGCGUCGUAUUAUUUAGGAUUUUCGUCUACUUCUUUUAUUGUAUUAAUAUCUUGAAAUAAUUAUAUAUAUAUAUAUAAUUUAUAUAUAUAUAUAAUAUAUUAUAUACAUGUGUGUAUAUAUAUAUAUAUAUACACACACACACACACACACCAAGCUUUCGGGAUCGAUUAAUUAAAUUACCUUUUAAUCGAGCUCGAAACCAUCAUCAUUUAAUCAUUCAUACUUCAAAGUAUUAUCCGUAACGCUUAUGCGAUGUAUCGUGUAUCAUGAUUUUUCGUGCUCCCAUUGCCUUAGAUUAUUCAUUAAUAACAUCGGUUGAUACGAGUAAUAUCUAGUAUGCCAUUACAUUGUGUAAGAUAAUACGUAGAUUCUUCGUUGACGCAUUCAGUAUAAUAAUUGAAUAUUUAUUUUCUGUUAAGCAAAAAUAUGAAAUUUUUAAUUAAAUAUAAUAAACAGAGAUUUGCUAGGCAUUAAUCGUAUCGAACCCGAUCGGACACAGACAACGUGAAUACGGCUAGUGUACAUCAUAGUAAUGCAUCGAUUCCCAUCGUCAACGUUUCGAUCUUUAAUUAAAUUCCUGAAUGACCGAGUAAAUGAACGAUCGGGCGGGUCAAUAGUGUAAGUGAAAUCUGUUAACUGACGUUGUGUACGCGAUAUGGGCUGAUUGGCAGUGGGCGAUCAAUUGACUCUCUCGUUAACUCUUGCCAAUAGGGAUGAAUUGUUAUCAACGUGCUUCUACGCAUACAUAAUAAAUUGGCCCUUUCCAUGUACGAGUAAGACGCGUAAAUAUCCCGUAAGUAGCUAUGUUAACAUCAAAAUUGAAUGUAAAAUACAUUAAAUAGUGAAAAAUUUAAUUUUCCGGACGAGUGGUGAAAAAAUUGAAUUCAACAAAUUUCAAUCGAUCUAUAUCGUUUGAACACUAAUUCUGAUGCGAUUUAACGGUCCAACGCAUAAUUGUAUAUUCAAAUAAAAACAAAAUCAUGAAAAAUUGAAAA